AAUAUAUGUUUUUUAGUUAACCUCAAUGUUUGUAAACAAACCACAAAGCAACAGUGUUGGAAAGCGUUUUUUUUUUGUGUGUCACGAAGUGUUGAAAUGAAAGAAUUUGACAUGCAGGAAUUUGAAGAGAAAAAUUAAAAAUUAUUUACAAAGUGUGAUUGUGGAAAAUGUUCUGGUUACGAUAUUAAAUUCGUCUUAAUAAAAUACAUAAAUAAAUAAAUAUAUAAAGGUGGCAGUUUAACUUCCCUUAAAAAAGUGACAUAUAUAUUGAAAAAACAAAAUACAUCCAACCAUACAGACACAAUUAAUUAACAUUUCUAUGCUAACAGGAUGCUAAUGAAAAUACAGCAAAGCUCUACGAAUUUAAUACUAAAAAUAAAAAACGCACCCAUGAAAUAUCAAAUAAAUGAACUCUGAAUUGAAGUAACAAAAUCAUCAUAAAAAAAAAAAACUUAUACAAAAGUGGAAAAAUCUAAGAUCAACAAGAGGGCAUUUUUGCAACAAGAAUUCAGUCAGAAAAUGACAACGGGCCACUAAAGACAGUGAUUACGAAAAGAAAAAGCUAUAAAACAAAAGUGCAAUUUUCCAAAAACCCCAAGUUGCGUUGUAAUUGAAUUAAAAGUGAAAUAAAAAAAACAAAAAACACAACCAUGUCCGCAGAUAUGCAAAUAGUCGCCAAUCUCACCAAUCUCACCACCGCCGUUAGCAAUGCCACCGCAAAUGCCACCACCACUGCCGCCUCUCUUUUAGCCGAUGCCUUCGAUUUGGAUUUAUUGCAAAAUUACACUGUGCUAAUCAAUAAAUUGGAGCAAUUAGCCGUUGGUGUAGAUCCCACCUUUGGCAAUAUCUCGGUGGAUCAUAAGGAAUUAGAAAUAUCUCUGGGCGGUGGUGGGGCCAAUGUGGAUUUGGAUCUAUUGGGUGAUCCCAUAGCAGCCAGUCGUGCCGGUCCUCCCCAUGUCACCUAUGCCCAUGGCCUUGAGGAAGCCGAAUACUCACGCGUGGUCAGUGAUAUCUGGAUUGGCGUGAUAUUGACUCUCCUCAUAGUGUCUGUGAUAUUUUUUAUAUGUGCCUGCUUUUUGUAUCACAAAUUUCAACAGUGGAAAAAUUCAUAUCGCACCAGCAACUCCGAACCCGUUGAAGUUUGCCGCAAUUGUCCCCCCAACUACGAAGUGGAAUCUCUGCCCUCCUAUACCAUAGUCUCCGGUUUGCCCACCUAUGACGAUGCCAUUGAGGAAUUCCGCAAAGCGGGCAUACUGCUCACACCUCCUUUGCCCAUAAUAAAAAUUUUCGAAGCAAAGGACUCCAAGGAUAAUAUCAUCAAUAUUGAGUGCAUGCCCAAUGAGGGUGAUAACAUUUCUCUUAGCUCCCAUAACAAUUGCACUUGUGGAGCCAAUGGCAGUCUCAGCAAUAGCAACACUAUUACCACAAACAACAAUUUGCUCUUGCCCACCAUGCAGAGUGUUAGUCAUGCCCAUAGUACCCAAUUUAUAGAAUUGAAUCCCGAACAAUUGGCCCAUUUGUCGCAGAAACGUCUGUCCCUACAAAUUGCAUUUCCCCAGUUGCAGGGUUCACAAUUUCGUCGAAAUUCACGACCUCGUGUUGAUAUGCGAAAUCAUUUGCUGCGCUCAAGGGCAGAGGGUAAUGGCAAUGGUCAAACUUUUGAGGGCUUACCCCGAAUACAUCGCACCUCGUCCACGUUUUCAUUGAACAAUGAAAGACAUAGGGCCAUGCAUAUGCAGCACAGAGGUUCUCUAUACUAAAGACCCCCAAUGGGGUCCUUCUGUCAAGAGGGAAGUUAACAAAACAAACAUUUAAAAAGUUUUUCCUAAGUGUUUAUAUGAUUUUGUUAAUGAUUUGUAUUAGCUAAUAGAUUUUAUAAAAAAUAUGAAAGCAUUCAUGAUAAGACAAUAAAAAUGAAGGCGUUAAGUUAUAGGCAAA